AAACUUUCUGUAUAUCAUAAUGUGAUGAAACUUUUUCUUCGAUACAUUGGAAUAUUAUGUUGUUUAUAUUGUUGUAUAUACUCUUAAGAAGGUAUGUUCACCUGAACAUUUUAAUUUAAUGUGAGAAUUUAACACACAUGAUUUCAUACGUGAAGUUUGGCAUGUGAAAUGAGAACCUUGUGAUGCCAUCUGAAACGACUAAUCAGAGAUUUCAGAUAACUUUGAGGUUAAGACCUCCUACAUAAACAGGAACUUCUCUGUAUAUAAAACCAUCUUGAUGCCCUUCACUGCCACAGACUAAACUAAUAUUUCUCUAAUGCUUCAGAAUGAAUUUGGGUCUUUUAAGUUGCAUGAGCUGAAUUAUGCAUUGAAAUCUGGAAGUGUGUGUACAUACAGUCCUGUACAAGAAUGAUGAACCGCACUGGAAUGAUCUGCAUUUUCUUGGCUUUUUCAGUGGAACUUAAGGCCAGUUCACAGGCUGUGAAAGAAGGGCUCAUCUGUGUGACAGAUUACUGCAAAACUGUCAGCUGCUCUUUAAAGCUACCAGUCACAUCCACUAGAAACAUUUCGCACUGGCUGGAAUUUCAAUGGAACAAUCACAUUCCAGAUGAAUAUGGCAUCAUCAAACACGGGCCGUAUAGAUGCCCACUCCAGAGAGCACGUGAAGAUCACACCUGCACUUUCACUGUAAAUGGAACAAUGGCUGAUUUUGAUAUAGUUGCUGUGAUUCUUCAUUAUUUGGAAAACGGCAAUAAGAAUUCGUCUCUGUUGAACGAUCAUUGGGUGCCAGCAGAAAACAUUAAGCCAAAAACCCCAUUUAAUCUGACAUUACACUAUACAAAUGGGAUGUAUAAUUUCUCUUGGACUUAUGGAUAUGAAGAUGAACAUGGAAGUUAUGGAAGUAAUCUACCCAUCAAGUACAACUUCCUUUACUACAAAGAUGGAGAUAAAGAGAGCGAGGUCAUUGUUCAUCCAGACAAUAAAAUGAUUCAGAUCGAUGAAAUGAAUCUUGAUCCGGUCACUACAUACACUGCUGUGGUGAGGUCUGGGAUAUAUGAAAAUAAGAAAUACAGAGGAACGUGGAGCGAGUGGAGCAGCGCAGUAAAAUGGAAAACGACAUACAGAGAUGAAUAUCGUGAAGAUGAGCCCAAUCAAGUUGGCAAGAUUGUCAUUGGAACGUUUUUAACGGUUGGACUUUUAAUUCUGCUCAUAUUUGUUCCUGCUGCAAGAUUUAAGAUGAAAGAAAUUUCAUGGGUGCCAACACCAGCAACAUAUUUCCAACCCCUUUAUCAAAAUUACCAGGGCAAUUUUCAGUGUUGGGUUUUGGCAAAAAGUCCUUUACAAAAUUUUCAUAUCAUGGAAGACUUUUCAACAAUCGACAAGAUUUCCGAGGUCAUGAUGACAACACUACAGGAUGAGGUAGAGAAAACGGGCAUGUAUCCCACAGCACAAUGCCAUCAACCCUAUGUGGGCCCCACAGCUGAGGUCUGGGCCCCACGCCAAAUGCCCGAUACGUGCAGUGAGACGAGUAUCCUGUGUGAGGAAUUUUCUUUGUUCUGUGAAGAGUUGCCAGUUAAAGUGGACGACAUCAUGCAGUCUCUCACUGUGGCUUGUCUGAGUGGGGAUGUUUUGUCUCUGAAGGACUCUGCUCUUAGUCUUGAGAGUCUUGAGGACUGUGAGGAAUCUGAAGCACCAGUUAUCAUUAACGCAGUGCCUGUGUGUUUCAAACAAGACUACUGCACUCUCACCAACACUCCCACAGGCCCUGUCCCCACCUUCACCAGAGAUAUAGAGCUGGACGAAAACACCUUUAGUGAUUAAAUGCAUGAAGACACCUGCAGUAGACAUGUGGACAUUAUGAACUGACGUAUAUCAUUUAUUCACAUUUUGAUGUAUGAUUGUAUAUAAUUUAGAACAAAAUGUGAAGGACUUUUUCAAAUAAUGUUAACAAGGAAUCCUAUUCUUCAUUGAAACAAGUUGUCUAGGCUACAAGGUGUUAAAGUAGCCAUUAAUGCUGACAGUUCAAAUGAGGUUUGAGGAUUUGUGUGCAGUGAAUUGAUUCUACAGAUUCUGUUUUUCAUCAAGUAACAUCAUUAUAUUUCUAUUUGUGAUAUUUGUACUGAGAAGAAAAUUAAAAUAGUGUGUAUUUCAUGUGGAAAAGCUUGUUAAAGCCACACUCAAAUUGAAAAUAUUUUCACUUAGAAGGAUAGCAGAUGUUAUUUAGCUAUUCACACAGGAAUCCAGUCUAAUUCAAGAAAUUGUAUGUAAAUAGCCACCUGUUUUUACAUUUUGCAUAUCAAAGAAUCGCAAUAUGUAACGAGUGUGAAUGAAUUUUGUAUGAUUUAUCAUUGAAUCUGCAUUACGAAUUCAGAAUCAGAAAGAGCUUUAUUGCCAGGUAUUUUUACACAAACGAGGAAUUUGUUUUAGUGAAAGAAGCUUCCACAGCACAGACUGACAGUGACAAGACACAGAUAAUAAUUAUAAAGAAUAAAAAUAGAAUAAGUAAAUAGGAAAUAUACAAAAAAAA